AUGGAUCGCCUGGUGGUGCGUUGCAUCGGCGAGGAAGACUUCGUCUUCUACGAAAGCACGGAGAACUCUUGCACGGAUUCCCUUGGAAUCUCAAACGCGCGGGAACUCACCCUCCACCCCGCGGAGGUGUUGUAUCUCGUGGAGGAAUGCGAGGAGGCGGGCACGCGGGGGGGGUUGAGCGCGAAUGACGCCUUGCGUGCCCUCCAUGGGGUGGCGACGCCAUCAGGGCGGGUGGUGGUGAUCACGACGCAUUAUCAGGAGCGGUUGGAUCCGCGUUUGUUACGCGCCGGGGUCGUAACGUUGACGAUCCCUAUGGAAGGGUUGAACCACGAGCAGGCUGUGGAGAUGAUUCGGUAUCAUUUUUCGAAAAAGACGUUGACAGGGCGGGAUGAGGCGCGGAUUCGUACCGCCUUGGAUCGGUUUUUUGAGAAAAAAUGCCGGGAGGAUAACAAAGGGGAGGAGAAGGAGAUCAAGGCAACAGGGAAUCGUAUCAAUCCUUCUCAUCUUGAGCAGAUUUGCGCUGAAUGUGAUUCAGCGUCGGAGUUGGUUGAGUGUUUGGAAUCGGGCCGACUUGACUUCUAUGAUGAUAUAUUUUGA